CAGCCUCUAUAUAUUGAGCAGUGGAGCCGGCGGGCUGCACUCUCCUGUAGACAGUCAGAGAGAGAGGAGUGUGUUCAGCAGAGAGAGAGAGAGGAGUGUGUUCAGCAGAGAGAGAGAAGAGUGUGUUCAGCAGAGAGAGAGGAGUGUGUUCAGCAGAGAGAGAGAGAGGAGUGUGUUCAGCAGAGACAGACUGAAGCGACCCCUGGAACACGAUGGAUGACUACAACCUUCCCUUCUGGAUCUACCUGGCCGUGGUGACGGCAUGUGUGGGCGGGGCCAUGAAGAAGAUCCUGGCGUCCCACCUGAGCGCGGGGCCCACCCUGGUGGCCUGGCUGGGGGCCACGGUUCUGGUGGAGCGGCUGUGGGCGUUCUGCCUGCCGGCCGUGCUGCUGCUGGUUCUGCUGGUCGUCGUCUGCUGCGUCCGCUCCGGCUCCGGGACCGGCCCGCCGCCCGGCCCGCCCGCGGAGGGCAAGGCCGUCUUCAUCACAGGCUGCGACACCGGCUUUGGGAACGCUGCAGCGAAGCAUCUGGACUCUCUCGGUCUGGACGUUUUUGCCACCGUUCUGGACCUGACGGGAGACGGAGCCAGAGCUCUGCGGAGAAGCUGCUCAUCCCGCCUCACCCUGUUGCAGGUGGACAUCACGCAGCCGCAGCAGGUGCAGCAGGCGCUGCUGGACACCAAGGCCAAGCUGGGCCUCCGAGGUCUGUGGGGUUUGGUCAACAACGCAGGAGUGUGUGUGAACUUAGGAGACGCAGAGCUGUCCUUGAUGUCCAACUUCAGAGGCUGCAUGGAGGUCAACUUCUUCGGCACGGUGAGCGUAACCAAGAGCUUCCUGCCGCUGCUACGACAGGCCAAAGGUCGCAUCGUCAACAUCUCCAGCCCAACAGGUGACCAGCCGUUCCCCUGCCUGGCGGCGUACGGAGCGUCCAAGGCGGCGCUGAACCUGUUCACUGAAACCCUGAGACAUGAGCUGGUUCCCUGGGGGGUCAAAGUGAGCACCAUCCUGCCGUCCUCAUAUAAGACAGCUCCCUCCAGCAACAACGCCUACUGGGAGCAGCAGCACCAGCAGCUCCUCCAGAGUCUGCCUCCGGCGCUGAUGGAGGAAUACGGCGAGGACUACAUCGUCGAGACCAAGAACCUGUUCCAGAACUUCGCCGAGCACGCCAACCCAGACCUCAGUCCCGUGGUGGACGCCAUCGUCCAUGCGCUGCUGUCGCCGCAGCCGCAGCUGCGCUACUUCGCCGGGCGCGGCCUCGGCCUCAUGUACUUCCUGUACAACUACUGUCCAAUCGGCAUCAGGAACCGCUUCCUGCAGAAACGCUUUCUGAAGAAGACGCUGAUGCCACGUGCGCUGAGGAAGCAGGAUGGGUCUGCAGGCGAACCUGGACCUCAGCAACAACAGCAGCAGCAGCAACAAUGAGGAUGAGCUGCAGAAGCCAGAGGAACUCUUCGCUCUGGAUCCCACUGCUGGAAGGACACAGAGAAACAGAAAAGAAACAACAAAUCUAGAAACCACAGAGGUGACAAGAACAGAAGUUCCUAAAUAUUUCAGAUAUAUAUCAGAAACCAAUCAAUAACCAAUCAGACAUAUUCACAUUUAUGGUUUUAAUAAACUACUUUUCAGACUUUUUUCCAGAUAAGGAGCAGUUGCUUUGUUAAAUUUAACUGAGUUAAUAGACAUCAUUUUCUGUGUCCCUAAGGGAGACAAGUGGAAUAAAUUUAUACUUGACUUUGAUCAAAUAAUAAAAAUGAUCAACUGUUGAGUUCUUUUCUU